AUGAAAGAACCCCGGAUUUUCCCUAGAGAGCGGCCUACUCCUUGGACUCGUGCUCCACUGCCACCUCGAGGACGGUUUGACGGAUCCCUGGGACCGCAGGGGGGUCCUGUUCUGAAUACGGGCCACUCGCUAGGUGUGAACUCGGAUCCUUUCCUUAUGGCAGCCAGUUCUCUUGGUGGGAAUCUGGCCCCAUUCCCAAGGAACCCAUCUCCUUUUCCAACUUCAUCAGGGUCCUUGGCUUCAAACUCAGCACCUUUUCCCACUGGUGCUCGUGACCCAAGCAUGACUUCUUUUCCAAGAGGGAUGAAUCCUACUGGCACAGGCGCAGUUUCUUUCCCAAGACCAGGUGGUCUUUUGGGUUCUGGACCAGGACAAGCUCUAAACCCUAGAACAGGGGCUUUUCCGGGCCCGGGGCCUAUGUCUAACCCCAGGUUAGGAGGUCUCCCAGGACCCAGUCCUAUGUCUAAUCCGAGGGCAGGUGGUCUCCUGGGUGUCAGUCCUGAUCCCAGAGGUGGCCCUAUGGGCCCUGGAUCUGGACCUGGACCUGGACCCGGACCCGGACCCAACCUGAGAGCCGGAAUCUUGUCUUCUGGGAAUGGUCCUCCCAAUCCGAGGCCAGUUGGCUUGGGCCCUGGACCAAAUACCAAUCUGAGAUCAGGCUUUUUAGGCCCAAACUCUGCCCCUAGGUCAGGUAUGUUUCCAGGCCCAGGCCUUGGGCCAAACCCGCGAGCAAGUGGCUUGGGUUCAGGUCUUGGGCCCAACCCUAGGGCCAGUGGCCUGGGCCCUGGCCCAAAUUUAGACACCAGAGCUGGUGGCCUCUUGGGCACAGGCUCUAAUCUUAACUUACGAAUGGCUGGACCUCAAGGCCUAGAUCUUGCCCCUAUUCUAAGAGCAGCAGGUCUUUUGGGAACAAAUUCAGCUGCUUUCUCGCAGGCUUCUGGAAACAUGGGUACAAACCCAUCCUCUAUGGCAAGAAUACCUGGCCCCAUAGGCCCGAACACAGGUCCUAGUUCUCGAGGGAUUGGCCUACCAGGGCCAAAUCCAUCUCCCAUGUCGAGGGCUUCUGGCCCCAUAGGCCCUAAUUCAGCUCACUUCUCAAGACCAGGUGGUCCCAUGGGGGUGAAUAACAAUCCCUUUCCACGGGGGACAGGUUCAGGAGGAUUGAACCCUACUGCCUUUUCUCAGUCUUCUGGCACAAUGGCUUCAAACCCAGGUAACUUCCCAAGGUCUGCUGGCCUCCAGGGUUCAAGCCCAGCAAUUUUCCCAAGAGCUUCUGGGCCACUGGGCCCCAACCCAGCCAACUUUCCAAGGGCCACUGGCCUACAGGGUCCAAGUCCAGCUGCCUUCCCAAGGUCUGCUGGCCCAUUAGGUCCUGGCCAGGUUCCUUUCCCCAGGUCAGCUGGGCACCUAGGCUCUUCAGCAGGCCCUGCAGGUAUCAACACAGCUCCUUUUGCAAGGCCAACUGGAACCCUGGGUCUAAACCCAGCUUCCUUUCCAAGGAUGAAUGGCCCUGCAGGCAAGAGUUUGGUUCCAUUUCCUAGAAUGGGGGGCCUACCUGGCACAAACCCAGCUGCUUUCCCCAGACCAGGGGGUCCAAUGGCUACAAUGUACCCAAACGGAAUGUUACCCCCUUAAACACCACUUUC